AUGAGUUUGGUCGGCAGUUUGCAACUCAUCCCCCCGCCACGGCCGAGAGGCAGCACCAAGCUCUUUUCCUCCACUUCCCUAGCCUUAGCCAUACCUUCUUUCUCCUCUUUUCAACCUCUCACUACUCCUUCUACCCAAUCCAAGUUCGUCAGACCAGUCUUCUCAAUGGAAAAUCAGGUCUUGCCCUUCCACGAACCCAUGAUGUAUAUCGACGAAUCCGACCUCAUCUUCCUUCUCAUUUCCGUUGACGAUCCGCAGGAUCCCCUUUAG